AUGGCCUUGAGGCAGAUGCCAGAUAUUGUCAGCAGAAACUGCAACAGAAAAUGUGUUUAUGGAGACACAAGAAUCUGUCAUUUCCACUUUGAUGUCCAUGCGUACCAGACCUUGUCCAGGGCGUGCUACGAUUGCCCGAGGAACACCACGGACUGUCAUCGGCCGGAGUGCAUUCCUGGGGAUGGCUUCAAACGGCGCAUCUUGGUGGUCAACAAGCAGAUGCCGGGACCACCCAUUCAAGUGUGUCAAGGUGACCGUGUAGUAGUGGAUGUCAAAAACUUAAUGUACAGUGGAGGCCUAACUGUACACUGGCAUGGCAUCACCAUGGAAGGACCUCGUUCCUCUCGUGGUCGUAAGAAAUCUGGCACUCCUCAUAUGGAUGGUGUUCCUGCUAUCACACAGUGUCCCAUUCACUCUGGGGCAACCUUCAGAUAUUCCUUUUAUACCCCAGAUGCUGGCACACACUUCUACCAUGCACAUACAGGUUGGAGCAUGGGGCUGGCUUGCAUGUAG